CUCCUACCGGUCGAUCCGUACUUGCAGCAUGGUCUCGAUCGCUGCAAUAUUUGCCUUGGCCUCUGCUCUGUGUCAGCUUGCUCCAGGUCUCCCCGCCGAUUAGAGUAGGGUGCGUUUCUUGCCCGAGUCCAAGCCUCCACCACCACCUCCCAAUGUCGUAGUUGGUCGGCCUCCAGGCUGGGAAUCAGGGCGCCGCUUGAGGAAUUGUGGCCGAGCUUGCCGCGGUUGUGCACCAGCAUUCGCCAAACUCUUCCCACUCAUUUCGCAUGAACGAUGAUCCCCACUGGAGUUUAUUGCGCGGCCAGCCACCUUGGCUUCUUGCUGCCGAGAUAACAUCACUCGCGUGCACUGCGUUGGCGAUCGCAAAGUCCUUUCAGCUUAUUCAACAGCAUAGGAGGCAGAACAAGCACGCCUCACUUAGAAAGGUUACUAUCAGGAUCCUCUUGAUGGUGCCAUUAUACGCUUUGUCGGCGAGUGCGUCUCUCUGGCUAUUUCAGGUUCCCCUAGUGAGCGAGGGGCUGGAAGUGCUUCGCACGCUGUAUGAGUCUGUGGUCAUCUUUUCGUUUGUGCAGCUUGUCAUUAUUUGCUGUGGAGGCGUGACAUACCUGCUGGCCAGGUUCGAGGUCCUUCCCACGCAGCAGGGACAGUGCGACGACGGCGAGUGUCCUCCAGUGGCAAGCAGCUUCGUGCAGACCACUGACGGCAUGGCAUCUCCCGAGGCACUGGCACUGCCGCGGCCCCUCGGAGACUCGGACUCAGACGCUUCCACUAUUCCGUCUUCAUGGCCCCAGGGGGCUACAGAUGUUUCGACACUCCGGGCUUUGACCUCUUUGCUGGAGCCUGGGGAGAGCGGACCGAAUGAGGACUCUUCAGAGUCAGAUUCUGUGGAGAGCAGAAGAUCGAGCUACGACGAGUGCGAGGUAGCGACGCCAAGCCUGCGACGCCCAGCGAAGCAGUUUCCAAUCUUGGAGCGGUGCUUGCCCGCUUGGCGGUCACCCGAGCAGAUGUUGCGCUGGUGCAUCACUGGCGCGCUCACGUAUGUGGUUGUUUCUUGUUUCAACGGUGUUCUAAAGGCAGUCGCGUUUACGGUGGUGGAAUAUGGCAGCCCUGGCGCUCAGGAUAUCGCUAACAACUUUGUGCUCAGUUCAGCGUCGCCCCUGCGCCUCGUUGUCGGCCUGUUCCAAUUUGUUGCUAUGACCUCGCUGCUAGUGCUAGCUGUGAAUGUGAUGGAAGACCUGAAGCCUAUUAGGCCAGAGGCGAAGUUCCUUUCUGUGAAGUCGAUCGUGUUUUUCACCGUGUGGCAGGGAUUUGUUUUACAUGUUCUUGGGGAUCAUCAUAUCGCACGGUGGCGGAUAUUGGAUUCGUUGAGCGGCUGGGAAGGGUUUGGCUGUUCAUGCGAGCGAGACAUGCAGGUGGCGGUGAUUAUCCAAAGUCUGCUCGUUUGCUUGGAGAUGUGCAUCUUGUCUUUCGUCCAUCCGUGGGUCUUCCCGCCAAACGACUACGAGACCGUUUUAGUUAAUCAGCAUGCUUUCCACGAGCACGCUGGUGCCGUCUGCAGGCUGGAGACUCCGAACCCAUCCCGAAGAGGCGGCAGGGUCAUCAAUGUCGGCGACAUAUUCAGGGACUCGCGCUCCAUGCGGAGCGAGGCGGCUCUGUAUGGGGCCUCUUCCUCUGGUUAGGUCGACAGCGGUGCGGCGCUGUUUUUGUGCCGUGGGAAGGGAACGUCUUGACGCUGCAUCGGGCAGGCCAAGGACCUCCGAGAUUGGUUCCUCGGCUUCGACUGCCAAGUCGCGGGGCCUCCUUCACGUGUGCACGUCGUUGCACAUGGUCGGAUGGGAGGUCCAACUGCGUUCUGCCCAGCGGUCUUCGGUCUCGCGUCGUGGAGCUACAAAUUAUCAAGACGCCUCCUCCCGAAAAGCUGGACCAGCGUUUCUUGACCAACUUGCUGGAAAGCUGGCCCGGCUUCUUGAGCACGCUCGCCCUCUUCAGCGUGAACCGCAGGAUUUGGCCCAGUAAGACGAUUCCGGGAAGCUUGCCGAGACUUCUGAGUUGAUGAUUUCUUAGUCAUAUGUUCGGCUUCAGUUGUGCGCCAGUCUUGUGAGCCGAAAGAAGAUGCCAGCUGCGAAGGGAGGAGGAGGAGGAAGAAAAGAUCCCCUCCAUCCUGCCCUCCUCCCACCCCGCCGUUCCGACCUCAGACACCCCAAUUUCAGCAACGCCCGGCGGCCAGUCUGCAGCGCGACGGCACCACGCCUAGUCUUGAAUGCGUGCCGUUCCGCCUUGCUCUGAGCUUGGUGCGGCGUGCGUCGCCCUUGCUCCUCAUGCAGCCGUCCAAGGUCAUUUUGGUCGAAGCUUGAGGCCAGGCUUGUGCUCAAGAGAGCCGUUCUGGGCAGCAACGCCAUCUCCCGGUCGCGCUGCCCUCGCAGGGCCGGCCCCGCCGGACCGCCAUCGCGCGCUCCCUCUCGCUCUCCUCCCGCCCCUCGCUCUCCCUCCUGCCCGCCUGCCGAGCGUAGGAGGAACAGAAGGACUCUGAUGAUGGG